CCUUCUAACAGUAUGGUGACAUUCAAGUUGCACUACCCAACUUUUGCUCUCUCCACAAAUUUAGCUCUGAUUCUCCCUUGCAAAAAUGGCUGUAGCUCAAAUCUUCGCAUCUCUCUCCCUUUCCACUAGAGAUGCAAGUGGAAUUAGCUCACCAGCAGCAGCAGGUCCUGCUCGGCUUCCCCUUUUUAAUUCCGCUAGAAUUGGGACGGCCUUUGCAACUGGUUCUCCCCUCAUUAUAAGAAGAGCAUACCAACAAAGGAAUGCUGCAUGUAAAUCGAUGCCAAUUUCCAUUAGGUGUGAGCAAAGCACCAAGGAGGGAGGUUUGGAUGUAUGGCUUGGCCGGCUCGCCAUGAUUGGCUUUGCUGUGGCUAUUGGCGUUGAGGUAUCAACCGGAAGGGGACUUCUCGAGAACUUUGGGCUAACAAGCCCCCUACCUACAGCUGCCUUGGGUGUUACAGCAUUGGUGGGAAUUUUGACAGCAGUUUUCAUCUUCCAAUCCGGGUCAGAAAAGUGAACACAAUAUCGGUUGCUAGAAGUGCUUGUAUAGUUUGUAAUACUGACAUGUAUUCCAAAUUGAACAUUUGUUUGUUACUGUAAUUUUGUCAGAGUACAACAAUUGCGGCAACACUUACAGUUGAGGAUACUUUGUUAUUUAUACGAAGGCAUCAAUUCGUAGAGGCUUUCAUCCA